AUGGCCCAUGAAGAUGGAGUGGAGAGUGGCCAAGUGGAGAGUGCGGACAGUCCCUGGGAGAUGUCCACUCCUAGUGAGUAUUUAUACCAGUGCUACGUUGUCAGGUCCAGACAUGACGGGUCACGGCACAGGUCCAGACAAGAUGACCGAUCCCGUGGUGAUGCCCCCAGUCCUCCAGCCAGGCCCCGUCAAGAUGACCGAUCCCAUGGUGAUGCCCCCAGGCCCCGGCAAGAUGACCGAUCCCGUGGUGAUGCCCCCAGUCCUCCAGCCAGGCCCCGUCAAGAUGACCGAUCCCAUGGUGAUGCCCCCAGGCCCCGGCAAGAUGACCGAUCCCGUGGUGAUGCCCCCAGUCCUCCAGCCAGGCCCUGUCAAGAUGACCGAUCCCAUGGUGAUGCCCCCAGGCCCCGGCAAGAUGACCGAUCCCGUGGUGAUGCCCCCAGUCCCAGGUCCAGACAUGACAGAUUACGGCAUGAUGCAGUGACUGAGAGUGGGAGAUGGGCCUUCCCAUUGCCUUGGGAUGUAUUCCAGAAACGAGUCCUGAGCCUACUGGUCGAUGUCCGCAAUCGCCUGAAGGAAACACAGCCUGCCUCUUCAGCUGUCCAUAUGGAGAAGAUUGACACCAUGGAGGACUUUGAGUUACAGGAGCAACGCCUCUCUGAUGCACAGACCUUUGAUACCCUAGUGCUGCAAAUUUCAAGAAUUGGUGGGCGGAACACCAAGGACUGUGCCCACAAAGUGUUGGACAGGCUCUUCACCAACAGCCUCAUGGCCAAAUUUAAUUUGAAGGGCAAAGGGAAAAAGGAGAAACGUCCUUUAGAGGGAACAAAGGUUUAUAGAGCAAUACAAGAAGGGCUCAUGAAAUUCGAUCCCACAGCCACCGAGGAGAACAUCAAGGCGAACGUGUCCGAGCACCUCAAGCACGCGCCGCAAAGACGUGGAGGUGGAGGAUUUACAAGCCCUGAUAAGCCAGCCCCCUCACUCCAUGCACGAAGACGGCCCUAAAUGUGUUGUGGCGACAGAGGCGUGGACAUUUAGUCAAGAUUGUUUCCCUUUUCAAAAGUUAUUUUCACACUGGAGCUACAUAAGUCACACUGGAGCUACAUAAGUCACUGGAUGGCUCACAUAUAUACACACACUCACUUACACAGUAUUUUUGAAAGAGUUAAAUUUAAAGAGUUCAAUUCAAUUAAAAUCUUAUUCAUUCAUAAUAAUUCUGCUUCAACUGUUAUGCUUGAUAUGUCUGGUGCCCUUCUGAUGCCAUUCAGGGCCGUUUGUUUUUGAAUAAAGAUGGAAAUGGGUA